AUGGCGCAAGACGGCAAUGAGCCACCUGUCGAUUUGAACGAGAAAGAAUUGGUGUACUAUUUGUUUGUGUUGCACGAUACCAAUGGCGAUAACUGUUUGGAUGGCCAUGAACUGCGUGCUGCAUUUACCGAUUUCAACGAAGAUGAAGAAGACGAUCCAACAAACUACGUGUCGCUUGAAGAAAUCACGGAUAUGGUGGAUCACGUGUUGGAAGAAGAUGAUAUAAAUGGCGAUGGUCUGAUCUCUUGGGAGGAGUAUCUGCAAAGUCAAUUAUAUCAUGGCAAUGGAGGACAUUAA